AUGUCGACCCCAAAAGAGAAAACCUUUGAAUCGCUGGGCAUUAUUGAACCUUUAUGUAAAGCAUGUGAACAAUGCAAGUAUAAAACACCUACGGAAAUACAAGCGGAAGCUAUCCCUUGGGCUUUACAAGGAAGAGAUGUAAUCGGACUUGCACAAACUGGGUCAGGUAAAACAGCAGCAUUCGCUUUACCUAUCUUACAAGCAUUAUGGGAGGCACCACAAGGAUUAUUUGCUUGUGUAUUAGCACCAACCAGGGAACUGGCGUUUCAAAUAUCAGAAAUGUUUGAAUCUUUGGGAUCUGUAAUUGGGGUUCGAUGUGCAGUUAUAAUCGGUGGCAUGGAUAUGAUGUCGCAGGCAAUUGCUUUGUCUAAAAAACCACAUAUCAUUGUAGCUACACCUGGAAGACUUCAAGAUCACUUGGAAAAUACAAAAGGAUUUAGUUUAAAAAAUUUAAAAUAUUUGGUAAUGGAUGAAGCUGAUAAAUUGUUGGAUAUGGAUUUUGGACCAAUAAUUGACAAGUUAUUAAAGGUUAUUCCUAAAGAGAGACAUACAUUUCUUUUUUCGGCUACCAUGACUACAAAAGUAGCAAAGUUACAAAGAGCUUCAUUAAUGAAUCCAGUAAAGAUCGAAGUUUCCUCAAAAUAUUCUACGGUGUCCACGUUACUCCAAUAUUAUUUAUUCUUUCCAUUCAAACAUAAAGAUUGUUAUCUUGUUUAUUUAUGUAACGAAUUGGCUGGUAAUUCAUUGAUCAUAUUUACCAGAACAUGUAAUGAUACACAAAGACUGGCAUUGUUGUUACGUAAUAUGGGAUUUCCCGCUAUUCCAUUACAUGGACAAUUAUCACAGGCAAAAAGAUUAGGUUCUUUAAAUAAAUUUAAAGCAGGAAAUCGAAAUAUUUUGGUAGCCACAGAUGUUGCGUCAAGGGGACUUGAUAUACCUCUGGUGGAUGUAGUGAUUAAUUUUGAUAUACCAGCAAAUAGUAAAGAUUAUAUACAUAGAGUUGGAAGAACAGCAAGAGCAGGUAGAUCCGGUAAAUCCAUAACAUUAGUAACGCAAUAUGAUGUAGAAUUAUAUCAGAGAAUCGAACAUGUUAUUGGUAAAAAAAUGGAGUUAUUUCCACUUGAUAGUAAAGAUGAUGUGAUGUUAUUACAAGAAAGAGUUAGCGAAGCUCAAAGGAUGGAUUUUCGAGAUAGAGAAGAUAGAGAUAUUAUUCAAUACAAUAAACUUGUAGGAGGAGAAUGGGGAACGGGAGGAAUAAUAGGAGUCAAUUCUUUACCUAUACAAAGUACUAAUCAAAAUGAAGAUAUUUCUCAUUCAUCAUCAUAUUUAGUGAAACGUAUAAGUCCAGCAGAACAUCAAGAAAAAACAAAUUCAUAUAAUCAAGAAGAAGAACCAAAACAAACCCCAUAUCCCACUAGUCAUAAGAAUGAUAACAAUAAGGGGAAAGACGAUGAGACGAACCAACAAAACAAUAAUAAUGGUAAUAGUGGUAAUGAAGCACAGCCAGAACAGUUAAUACAUCCUGAUCAAGUUGAAGAUGACACUGCAAAACAAGUGAAAGAAGAAGCUCAGAUAAUUAGGAAGGUUAUCAUCGUAUUGGGUUCUCUUGGUGCUUCAUUAUUAUUAGUUGCUAUUGCCAUCGCUGUGUUAUAUUGGAAAGUCAGAAGGCAGCAAAAAUUAGUUAAGAUUGUUAAGUCUAAUGUAAAUAAUGAAUUUUUAACAUCUUCGAAAGGAAUAAAUGGAGGGGAAAACCUUAAUAUAAGUGGGACUGGAAGUAGAAAGAGUGAUAACGGAGGGGGUGUAGGUAACGGAGUAACGGAUAUAAAUGAUGUAUUUGUUUCUGAGAAAUCAAAUAUGGGGAAUAAUUCUAAUUCAACGAAUGUUGUGAAUAACGAAGUUGGUAACAGGGAGAUGAAUCAUGAAACUUCGGAUUCUGUGCAGCAAUAUUAUCAAGCACCCGUACAACUUAGUUCCAUACGGCAAUUAACGCCUCCCGUACAACCGUCUGCUCCACCUGCCGAAAAAGUGGGAGAUACCGAUAUAGACAAUCAGAUUGGUAAUCAUUCGUUUUCUGCUCCAAUUUUAACAGCUCCGCCGGCCUAUUCUCCCACAGCUCCUCCGAUAUACGCUUUACCACAUGUUCCAAUCCCUGAAUUCGAUGGUUCUGUUAGAGACAUGAUUUUAUAUAUGGAUGGGAAUAAUAAUUAUCAAUUAGCUCAACAACAAAACUUACAUAAUUCUAAUUCGAAUAAUAAUAGUGGAACUUUUAUAACUUUACAUCCUUCUGUCGCUUUACCCCGUCUUAAUACUGGUGUUUGGUACGCUGCUGGUCCAACGUCGCAAACUAAUACUCCUAUUGAUGUUACUCCUCAUCAACAAUCAAAUCAUCCCAUAAUAAUACAAACCAUUCAUUCCCCCACGAACUUAAAUCCGCAGAAUUUUACAACGAAUUUACAUUCAUUUUCUGAUUCAAUUGAGAAUAUUGAAAAUAAUAGUCCCACACAGGGACAUGAUUCAUCGAUAAUAUAA